AUGCAUGCUGCCAUCAAUGAAAUCGGAAAAGAUGUGCAUACCGUGCGAGCCUGUGUCUUCGACUACGAGCUGCUAAUCACCCGUGAUAUCGAUAACAUCAAGGCAAUUUUCAACACCCAGUCUGCGGACUUCGAUAUAGGUCCUCAUCGUGAGAAGACCUUCAAGUCUGCGUUCGGUCUGGGGGUUAUGACUGCACGUGGUGAAGCAUGGCAGCACUCUCGACGUCUCAUUCGACCACAAUUCACCCGGGAUAAUACUGCAAAUUUGCCAAUGUUUGAGAAACAUGUGCAGAGUUUGUUUAAGAAACUGAGGCCCACCCAAGAUUUGUGGACUAGCAAGGUUGAUCUGCAGCCUUUGUUCUCAUAUUGUACCCUCGACAUAAGUACUGAAUUCUUGGUAAGUGGACAAUAUAUAUUGCCCGGAACUCCAUCUGAUUUCCAUAAGUACGGCCAAAGUGUUUGGAGCCAAGACGUCGACGCGCGCUCGAGGCUACCAUUAAGCAGAGACCCAGAAGCACCAGAUGUCGCUAAUUUUGGAGCCCAUCUUGACGAAGUGAAGCACAUCCUUGAUCGUCAAGGCGCUUUAGCGAAAUAUAGCUGGCUCGUCAAUUCCGAUGGAUACUCGGAGCAUUGCAAAGGUCUCCGAAGUUUUGUCGACUACUUCGUUCGGAAAGCCUUGGAGCAGACUAACGAAGAGAAGCGCUCCAGCGACAUGCAAGACAAGUAUGUCCUGCUUGAUGAACUCGCCAAGCAUUCACGAAAUCCUGCUGAACUUCGUAACGAGACCUUGAACGUACUUCAUGCUUCUCGUGAUACGACUGCAGCACUUAUGGGCUGGAUCGUGUAUUUCCUAGCUCGACAUGAAGAUGUUUUCCAGACUCUGCGGGCGGAAAUCUUGAACACUUUCACGUCGAAUGGAACUCCAAUAGAAAUCACUUUCAAGGGAAUACACUCAAUGACGUUUAUGCCUCAAGUCAUCAACGAGACCAUACGAAUGGUUGGGAUCGUGCCAAUGAAUGAAAGAGCAGCAUUGCAGGACACUACUCUUCCUCGAGGUGGUGGUCCAGACGGUCUAUCGCCAGUUUUCGUAUCAAAAGGUCGUCAGAUCCUCAUCCCUACUUAUUCCAUGCAGCAUCGGGAGGAUAUAUGGGGACCUGAUGUAGAUUUAUUCAAGCCGUCAAGGUGGACAGGUCGUAGGGCUGACUGGGACUUCAUUCCUUUUGGAUCUGGCGCUAGACAAUGCCUAGGACAACAGUUCGCAAGGACUCAAGUAAUGUACGUGAUCAUUCGAUUACUUCAGACAUUCGAUGCAAUCGAGAAUGUUGAAGCACCUGGGCCAAUGAGGUUCCAUCAUACAAUCGAGAACCGGAGUGGUAAUGGUGUACAAGUUAGAUUGCAUGCUGCAUUGCCGACUACAUUCCAUGCGCUUAGACAGGGGGUUUCAGCAGAGGAAUAA